AUGGCGCCAAAUUUAUUUGGUAACUCGGCGACACUUUUUUUGGAGGCCUCGCAGCAAGCAGCCAGCCAAGGAAAAUCCCAAAAUGAGCCGGCCACGUCCCGCGCGAGCGUAGAAAAACCGGAACAAAAGUACAGCUGGAAAAUCGUUUGGAGAAACGUUUUUGCGUUCGUUUAUCUCCACAUUGGGGCCCUCUAUGGAAUGUACUUACUCUACACGGGAGCGAAAUUCCUCACAUUCGUAUGGACCAUACUAAUAGCCAUGGCGUCGGCGCUGGGCAUCACGGCGGGAGCACACAGACUGUGGGCCCAUCGUUCCUACAAAGCAAAAUGGCCAUUGAGGAUAAUCCUCAUGAUUUUCCAAACUAUAGCCUUCCAGAAUCACCUUUACGAGUGGGUGAGGGACCAUCGGGUGCACCAUAAGUUCACCGACACGGACGCAGACCCGCAUAACGCCCAAAGGGGCUUUUUCUUUUCGCACAUGGGCUGGCUGCUCAUUCGCAAGCAUCCGGACGUCAUCAAUAAGGGCGCCGUUGUUGACAUGAGCGACUUGGACGCAGAUCCAGUUGUCGUGUGGCAGCGAAGGCUUUACAUUAUUCUGAUGCCAUUGUUCUGCUUUCUUCUUCCUGCCUGGGUGCCUUGCUACUUUUGGAACGAGAACGGCAUGUACUCGUGGUACGCGACGAUUUUCAGGUACACGCUCUCUUUGAAUCUCACGUGGCUGGUGAAUUCCGCUGCUCACAUCUGGGGCAACAAGCCAUUCGACGAUACGAUCAGCGCUACGGACAACAUUCGCGUGGCCAUGGGGGCAUUUGGGGAGGGUUGGCACAACUACCACCACGUGUUUCCCUGGGACUACAAAGCAGCGGAACUGGGUAACUACCGCGCCAACUUUACCACGGCGUUCAUCGAUUUCUUCGCCCGAAUCGGCUGGGCGUACGAUCUCAAGACCGUGCCCACGACGAUGGUCGAGAAGCGAGCGGCGCGCACCGGGGAUGGCUCUCGGAUUGCGCAAAUUUCGCCGAAUCACCACCACGAAAAUGCUAUUUGGGGAUGGGGCGACAGGGACAUGCGACAAGAGGACAUCGACUUUGCCGAGGUCAUCAACAAGUCUGACUGA